GCCGGCCAGCAGCGUGGGUCCGCGCGGAGGGCGUGGGUCGGAAGCCGUGUGCGUCAUUCAAAGGAGCGGCGUGCCCCAGGCGCCGAGCAGGCGGCCAGUGACGGGGCAGGGCCGAUGUCGGGCCGGGACGGCGCCGGCGCCGCGCAGGACAUGCCCUGUGACCCGCACCGCACCUCCAGCCGACCGGCCAUCCAGGGUCCGCCGCCGGAGCAGCGGCCUUACGACUGUUCUCCGCUGCGCGAGGUCGACCCGCGGUACAUGUACUACCCGCCCUACCCCGGCUCCGGCUCGCCCGUGCCGCCGCCCUACCCGCCGCCGCCCUACUCGGUCGCGCCCUACCCGCCCUACGCGCACCCGUACCCGGCCGCCAUGGCCUACCCGCCGCCCUACUCGGCCCCGCCGGCGCCCUACGGCUAUGGGAUGGCGGCGCCGUACCCGCCGCCAGCGAACGGCGAGAAGUACCCGCCGCCGGAGCAGCCUUUCUACGCUGAGUCGACGCCGGACGGCCGGCCCCCGCCGCAGCAGCAGCGCUCCGGCAGCCGCGGCUCCAACUUCUCCGAGGACUCGCUGGCGUACGACGACCGGCCGGCGGUGGCGCCGAGCCGGCGCCUGUCUCAGCCUCAGCUGACGCCUGCCGAGCCGGAGGCGGCCGCCUGUCGCGGCGAUGACGUCGCGGCCCCGAUGGCGAGGGACCUGAGCUCGGAGCAGAGCACGCCGGCUGCUGCUGACGAGUCGGCCGUCGACGACCGCCCGCCCUGCCAGAGAUACGAUGACCGGCCCUGCACCGCCACGGCCGAUGCCAUCCCCGCCGUGGCCGCCGUCAAGCCCUGGUGGGAGAAGGAGGCCGAGAAGACGCCGCCGCGGCCGGCCAAAGCCAGGUCGAAAGACUCGCCGUCCCGGCGCUCCAAGAAGCUGCACGUCAAGGACAGCAUCAGCCGGUGGGCGCCGCGCUGUCGGCGCUCCGCUAGCACAUCCAACAAGGACGACAGGGACGAGACGCGCUCCGACAGCGGCGAACUGAAGAGCGCCGGGUCGGGCGUGCCGCGUCCCCGCUCCCUGCUGCGCCGCCGACAGGGCGCCGUCGGCUACCACUCGGAGGGCUACUUCUCCUCCGACCAGGACGUCGACCCGACCACCGCUGGCACCAGAGAUGGGACCCUGUUCUCUUACUCGUGCGAGGCCGGCACGUACACGAUCGAGAACGAGCCGGACCAGGAGGAGGCGACGCGCCAGGUGGACGAGGCGUUCCAGGGCCUGGACGCGUACGACGAGUCGGGCGUGAUCGACCGGCCCAGUGGCGGCGAGAGCAGCAGCAAGGAGGGCAGCCCCGACCGCGACACAGAGACUUCGUCCAAGCCGUCGGCGUACAGCUCGGGCUCCAACUGGAUCGAGCAGUGGGCGGCCGAGGUGACCAAGCACAACCAGGAGAACCUGAAGAAGGCGGCUCAGAAGGCGCCCGGCGCAGUCACCGGCGGGGACAAGACGUCGCCGGGCCGGGCCGGCGCGCUCUCCAGCAGUCUGGACACCGAGUCGUACCUGCGCACCACCGAGGACGUCAUCGGCAGCAGCGGCCGCAAGUUGUCCGACUCCGAGUCGGCGCCGGCCGCCGCCGGCAAGGCGGCAGGCUUCGCCCGGUCCGACGGCGGCCGCUUCAGUCUGCGCAUGGCCAACGGCAACGCCAAGACGCCGCCGUCCCGCCCGUCGGCCGGUAAGAAGCCGGCGGCGGCGGCGGCUCGCUCCCUGGGAGGAGGGCCGCGUGCAGCCGCGCUGGCCGCCCAGGCCUCCCGCGACCAGGAGAUGGCCAACUGGAAGCGCCGCAAGAACUACGACCCACUGAAGGCGGCGCGCGAGGACAAGAAGAAGAAGCUGGAGCCGCGCGCCGGCGGCUCGCAGAGCGACUCAGCCUGCCCGACGAGUGCCCCGUUGCGCUCUGCCUCCUUCCACGGCACGGACGGGUUCGGGGCGUCGCUGCUGCGGCGUGGCGCGUUCGCCGCGUCCGAGGACGAGUCGGCGGCGCGCCGCCGCUCGCCGCUGGCGACCGGGCGUGCGCCGCCGCCGCCGCGCGCCGACGACAGCGACGUGUCAGAGGUGUUCCUGGACGGCGCGUCGGCCGCCUCGUCGACGCGUAAGGUGUCCCUGGACGGGUCGCGCCGGUCGCGCGGCGCUUCGCCGCUCUUCCGCGGUCAGGCGUCCUCGUCUCUUAGAAACAAGGUCAAACUGGAGGCGCUGGAUAACCUGGUCAUAUCGACGAUACAUACCCUGUCCAGCAAGAUCCGAGGCAACUCCGAGUCUCUGGUGUCGAAACUCAAAUGCCAGUUCGACGAGGACGACGUGCGUCACACGCUGCUGGACGACGUGAUGACCACGCUGACGACGGACGCGCCCAGCGCCUCCAAGACCUCGUCGCGCGACCUGGCCGGAAUCCUCAAGAACUUGCGCAAGGUCGAGCAGGCCGUUCAAGUGCUGGAGCAGGUCCUCUGCGACGACGACUGCGACGGCUCGGACGCCGACGACCUGGACGUGGCGGACAAGUUCGGCGACGGCUUCUACUGAGCUGGUGUCGACGUCGACCGACGGGCCCGAUGAUGUGAUACGCGUGCCGCGGGCGCCCGCCGGCCGUGGACGUGAUACGUGUCGGCGGUGGUCGCCGACGGUCGGGGCGACUAGUCACUGACGACCUGCCGCGCCACCUAUGUUUAGUCUUUGUAAUCUGUGCCUUGGAGGACGACGCGAGGCGGCGCCAUCAGCGCUGAGCCUCCGAACAAGAGAUCUAUGCGCUGCUGGACGCUUGGACGCAGUGCAGUUUUUGUAAGAGCGUAGCGUGUUGUGCUUCGGCAAAUGUUCUAUUAAUGCUUUAUGAUUAAAAGUAUAUUCUUACUGAA